AUGGCACCUCCCAACACUCUUUUUAUGACGCCGGAGGAGUCCGAGCGUGUUCAAAAGUCUGUCAAGGACCGCAUUCAGAAAUGUCGAGAGCAAAGUGGCCAGCAACGGGAACCCAGCGAGCCCAAAGGCUUGACGCAGCAAGCCAUCUCAUCUUCUCUAAUGCAGGACUUUGCCUCGGCGGCAUUCGGCCUGGGGGCGCCCAAGAAAAGCCAGGACACGAUGGUGGCAUAUGCUGUUGGGAAUCCAUAUCCGCCCUGCACAACCGAGCUGGCAAAGUUGGAACCUAUGAAGCUCUCCGAACUACGCAUGGAAACGCAUCACCGUGGAAAAGUGCUUGCGCUGCACCGUUCAUCACCAGUUGUUGAGCUGAAGGCAUCCUCCUGGGCUGCUGUGAAAGGCGACUCGGCCGAUGACUCAGAGCGAUUAGAAGUGUUUCUGCACACAUCAAAGAUGGGGCGAAAUGUUCUCGACUUGGGCUCUGACUUCUUGGUUAAGGAGCCGUACUACACCCUGAAUAACCUGGGUGAAACGGUCAUCCGAAUCGAUCAUCCGUCAGAUUUGAUCAUCACGGCUUAUAGCGACAAUCAAGAGUCAUGGCGUGAAGUAGACACUCGCCAGACUCCCGCUACCAAAACCCCAACAGAGUAUAAGCAGGAGGGGAAUACUGCACUAGAGAAGCAAAACUUUGCAAAAGCGCAUGUGUUCUACACUCAAGGUCUGAAGGCUAUCACGGACGAUGACGAAGCAAACAAGACUCUGCGUAACGAUCUCCACCGCAACAGAUCUCACGUCAACCUUCUCUUGCAGCGUUUUGAUGAAGCCAGGACAGAUGCUCUAUCAUCUUUAACACACAGUGAAGGAGAGAAAGAAAAGUCCUUAGACGCAAAGGCUUAUUACCGGGCCGGUAGUGCGGCAUACAGUCUCGGCGACUUUGCAGAUGCUAAAGGUUUCUUUGAAGAACAGCAGAAACUCGAACCAGAAAAUCAGUACGCGAAGCUUUAUCUACGGAAAAUCAAGCUGCGUCUAGAUGAGGAGGCUACCGGUAAUUACGACCUAAACAAGGUGGUCAAGACUUUGUCGAAAACUCAGGGGCGUGCCGACGUUGCAAACUUCACCCGCAAUACUGAGGUCAAGGAGAGCCCUGGAGCAGGGCGGGGCAUGUUUGCGACUCGAGACAUCGAGCCGAAGGAGAUCAUCAUGUGCGAGAAAGCCUUCAUCGUUGUUUGGAGCCACGAGAAAGAAGCAUUCUCUGCCUUGACUUGUGACCUUCGAGACGAUGCUGCGAUCCGCGUCUACCCGGCCGGUCUGCAUAAGGCGGUGGUACAGAAGCUUUUGAAUAACCCCUCGCAGGCGAACAAGUUCCUCGACACAUUUGGAGACUACAAAGGCCUCGGCAACAAGCUUCGUGAAUGCGAUGGGGAGCCUCUCAUAGAUACAUUCCAGGUCCACGACCAGGUUCAGCGGAAUGCAUUUGGCACGGGACAGCAGACGGAGGAUGAGGACGUCAGCAAUGCCAGCACUGGCUUCUGGUUAUGGGCGUCCUAUACAAACCAUUCUUGUGUACCCAAUGCCAAGAAGGACCACGUGGGCGAUCUCCUGAUUAUCCGUGCGACACGCAAGAUUGCCGCGGGCGAGGAGAUCACACACAGUUAUGAUGAGUCGAGCGAUUAUGAGGCGAGAACGGCGUCACUUCAAAGGACGUGGGGCUUCAAGUGUCGCUGUGCGCUGUGUGCUGCGGAGGAGGCAGAUGGUGCCGAUGUACGUGCUAAGCGGAUGGAGCUAGAAGGUCAGGCCGAUGGGUUCCUGCAGCGGGAGAACCCUUCAGGGGCAAGGAGAACUACAGUUCUCAAAGCCAGGCGUCUUCUGAAUUCUCUCAAGGCUACCUACGACGAGAAGAGAUAUAAGGACCUACCUCGCAAAGCAUGUCUAGGACUUGAGCAGUGGCUUGAGAUAGCGCCAUCGAGGUAA